AUGGACCAAAACAGUGAAGGAUGUAUGAAAAAGAUUGGCAGUGUGAAUCUUGACAAGCUUAUAAAUGACUUCGCACAGAUGGAAAAGAGAAUGUUAGACACCAGUGGGAAGAACAAUAUACUGGACAUGAAGUUGGAAAGGACGAAAUGCCUACUGAAGGUGACGCAAACGAAGGAGGCUGCGGUGAAAGAAGAAUGUGCUGCCCUUCAUAAUAUGAUAAAGGGGUUACAGCAGACCAUUGAAUACCAACACGGUUUGAAAGGUGAAAAUGAACAUCUGAAAAGAACUGCUGAUCUUAUAAAAGAAAGGUCGAAAUCACAAGAGCAGGAAUAUAAGAAUAAAAUUGCCAAACUUUUAAAUGAACUGAAAAUCAAAGAGGAUGAUCAUAAGUUAGAAAUAAGCAAUCUUUAUCAAGAAAUGCAGAAAAAAGUUGAGUUAAAUGAAGAAAGAUACAAAGAACUAAUCAAGAAAAAGGAGAUGGAGAUUUCAGAGUUAAAAAUAAAAUUAGAAACUCAAGAAAAAGGAAAACAAAAUGAAAUAAUCAAACUACAGCUAGAGUUUGAUGCCAAACUAGCAAGAGUUCAGACCAAGGCCAAGCCGUACCCGGACGCUACCCUGCUGCCACAGAGCAUCUACAGAAGGAAGCUUCAACAUCUUCAAGAAGAAAAAAAUAAGGAGAUUGCCGUUCUUCGUGCUACCAUCCAUGAUUUAGAGCAACGCCUUUCUGUCGGCAAAGAUGCUCAUGUUAAGCGUAGACGAUUUUGAGAAGAGCAGUAAAUUCAUUUGUUACUCUUUAAGUUCUUCAAAAGCAAUAA